GCCAGUGGACCAUAGUACAGACCGGUACCUCCGCGCGCAUAGUAGCAGUGCCUAACCAGCGAGCACGGUGGACGACGGUCGUGACGCACCAUCGGUAGACCAUAUAGAGAGCUUGCGAUCGCGCCGGUGUGUGUAAGUGUGUGUGUGCGUGUGCGGUGUUUGUGCUUCGAUUGACUUAUCGUAAUUUUUUUUUUCUCACCCGGUUUGCUUCUCCGCACCCGUGCGCAUCGACGCUCCAGCCCUUCGGACCACUCGACCGGAUUUCGAAUAUUAAUUCCGUACGAAUUAAACUAUAAUAUUAUAAUAUUAUUAUUUAAUAUAUAUUAAUUUAUCGUCAACAUAAUCUUCGUUCAUAUUAUUAUUCGUAAAUCGUCGAUUUUGCCGUGUCACGCCGUCAAUAAUAUCAUAGCAUAAAGUAUGUUUCAUUAACCGUUUAUAUGACGUGUUGUGUUCGACAGUUGUAUACAAUAAUAUUAUAAUAUUAUUAUCACCCUCGUCGUCGUCGACCGAUUUCGUGGGCGCAUCCGUCGAGAGUGUUCGUUUGCGUAAUCAUUAGCUAUAACUCCGGCUUCGGGACACAGGACCUACCCCGGAACACGCUUCGACACACUCCUUUUGACGAGGUGAAUGACACCGUGGAAGGGAUUAUGAUUGGGAUGGAGCUGGGUUUGGGGCACCAUGGGGGCUCCUUGCACCCUCACAAUAUGCCACAACAUCAGAUGCACUCGCAAGGUCUUAUGCAUCAGACACAACAGCAGAUGCACCACGACGAUGUGGGAUCGGGAAACAUUAGCAGCAGUAGCAGCGUCAACGGUUUUUCACAAGAAGGUCACGGUGGUGUAAAUCAACUUGGCGGAGUAUUCGUAAACGGCCGACCGUUACCGGACCUGGUCAGGCAAAGGAUAGUCGAACUGGCUCACAACGGGACCCGACCGUGCGACAUAUCCAGACAGCUCAGAGUUUCUCACGGAUGCGUUUCGAAAAUCUUGUCCAGGUAUUACGAAACUGGAAGUUUCAAAGCCGGAGUAAUCGGAGGUAGCAAACCGAAAGUGGCUACUGCGCCUGUUGUAGAUUCCAUAGCAAACUACAAACGAGAAAAUCCCACUAUGUUUGCUUGGGAAAUCCGAGACAGACUGUUGGCAGAGGGCGUUUGUACACAAGACAACGUACCCAGCGUUUCGUCAAUCAAUCGGAUCGUCCGAAACAAGGCGGCUGAGAAGGCGAAACAUGUGCACAACCAGCAGCAGAGCCUGCACCACCAGCAGAACAGCAACAGCAACGGUAGCACGGGUGUACCGCCGAGUCAACAACAUCAUCAGCAGCAACAGCAACAGCAGCAACAGCAACAACAACAACAGCAACAGCAGCAACAAGGUCCCGGCCCUGUGUCGGUGAUCGCUCACGCGCCGGCCCCGCAACAGUCGGCCGGAGGUGGCGGCCACCUCCACGACCGGUACAGCAUAAACGGCAUACUCGGUAUACCGCAACACGACCCCAACGGUAACGUGACCACGGCCAAGCGGAAACGAGAUCUGGACCAUCACCACCAUCACCAGCAACACCAGAAUCACCAUCACACGGACGAAAACCGAGACCUGAACGGCCACGCGGACCACCAGCAGCAAAUCAAGAGGGAACGAUCUCAAGUGCACUACAACGGCGACGCGUCGCUGUAUUCAAAUGUAUCUCUUUGGCCCGGAAAGUGGUGUUUGAAAGACGAACACAAAUUGUUCUCGGAACUAAACGCGGCGGGCGUCACGUCCGGCGGUGGCACGUCACCGUUCUACGACGCCAAUCAGACGGCGUUCUCGGCGACACCGCUGUCGGCCGACCUGUACGAGAGCAUGCAGGCCCAACCGCCACAGCAACAGGCCCAGAACGCGACGCCUGUCUACACGCCGCCCGUGCCCACCACGCUCGUAGGCGGAGUCACUCCCCUUGCCCCGUUAACGAUGCAAGAAAUCCAAAAGAUGAGUCCUAGUACCGUUUUAGAUCAUACCCAUCUGUCGCCCGUACAGUACCACACAGAUAGCGGUACCGCCCCUGGUGGGUUUAGUAACGGCGGCAGUGGCGGCGGUACCGGACCUCAGCAGUCCGGCAGCGUCUCCCUGUCGUUGUCAGCGGCUGACGUCACGCCCGCCGGAUCGCCCGACCCGUCGAGCUUGACCGUGUUGCAACCGGCCAACAACAACCAGAACAACGGUACGGUGUACGCGGCCUCGGCGCCCACCAUGUUACCGGGUUUCACCACACACUACGCCACGGCAGGCGCCGGCACCGAAUACGCGUCGUACACGAGCUCGCCCUACAAUCAGUACGCGUCGUCCCCAUAUGCCGGUUACAGUUACAACCCUACAGGCACCAGCGGUCUUCUCAAUCACCGUUACUACUACAACAACAGCAACGGCCACAAUAACAACGCUCACGAGAUCUGCGGCAAUGAGACGGGCAGCAGCGCCAGCAUGGCAGCCAGAUCGCCGGUGGCGGCCACGAGGGCGAACUCGGCGGCCUGCGCCAGUGCCUCGUCGCCGCUGGGCAGCGCGUCAUCGCCGUGCCAGGCCAACAACCCGGGCCCAGUGACGUCGCCGUACAUCGGCAUAAGUUAGAGGAGACCACACGGAGAGAGAACGCCCGCGCCACGGUCCAGCCAUCAUCAAAAAUAAUUAAUACGAGAUAAUAAUAUAAUAAAGAUAUUAUAUUAUAUUAUUAUGUUAUAAAUAUAUAACGCAUUUAUGUACGAAUAAUAAUAUUACGUAAGCGAUGUACAAAAACGAUUUGUAUUAAUUAACGAAUAGCAGGACUAGGUAUAACUUACUUACUACAAAGUAUGUGUCUGUGUAUGUCACGACGAUGAUACCCACCCUGCAGAGUAGUAACCUACCCAUACUCGAACGAUAUUUAUGGAGUGUUCAAUGAAAAUAAGUUCUUAUUUUUAGUUAUUUUUUGAAGCGCUUGGGACACGUCUUGAUCACUUUGGGGCAAGUGCGUGUAGACGAAAGAUUUUUGUAAAAAUCAUCAAAAUUACCGAUUAACGAGUACCGAAAAUUUUUAUUAUUUUGUUUUUAUUUAUAAACGUUUUUGGUAUAUACCUACACUUACAUAAUAUACUAUAGUAUAUGACGUGUACAUGUAACUUGAAUAAUUUAAGUCAUAACUCAGAACACUGUACCUAUAAUAUUAUAAAUGUUUUAAUCUAAUUGAUGAAAUAUUGAGUCGAUAGUCGUGUAGUGCAUGCAUAGGUAGGCACGGUUUUAGAGUAUAAACUAUGAUUUAUGAACACGAAAUAAUAAUAUUGUAAUACAUUUGUUUACCAACUCUAAAUAUAUUUUCCCCUUAUUAGCUGCUUUUUUUUUAUCAUAGAAAACCAAAGAUAUAUUUAUAGUGUUGUUAUUUGUACAGAAUCCAAAUCUUAUGUAUAUUUCUAUACAUAAAAUAUUAUACAUAGUAUUAUAUUAAUCGAUCAAAUCGCAGUUUGUUUAUCAUUACUCUUGAGUUUUAAUGUUAUAAUAUGUUAUAUAUUUGAUGUACAUACAAUUAGAAAUGUAACUAUAUUUAAUGUAAUAAUUACACUCUAUCUAAACAUUUUUCGUGACUAGCCAAUAGAUAUUGGAUUUAUGUACUUUUAAUUAGAUAUCUUCAUUUAAAUUUGUAUAUCAGUGGUUCUCUGUUGCUUACUUAAUUAAUUUUUAAAGACUACCAAUAUAUUAUGUACCUCCCUUACUUUUAUUUUUAUUUUUAUUUGAACAAGGAUAACGAAUAAAGCUCAUAUUUAAUGCUCUCUCGAAACAAUUGAUCUUUUUUAACGUUGUUUUUAAUCAAAUUCUAGUCUAAUUUUAAUUUUAUUCGAAUAUAAUUAACAUAUAUUAAUAACAAAUUUGUUAUAACUAAAUUAAUUAGGUUAUCAUAUUUUGUUCAUGUGCAACUUAUUAUCUAUAAAAUCCAAAACAAAUUUUACUCGUCUGUGAGACGAAAUAUGUGCAAUGUCUGUAUGAAUUUGUAUUUAUAUAUUAUUAUUAUUAUUAUUAUUAUUAUCAAUAUUAUUAUUUUUUUUUAUUAUUUAUACAUAUAAAAAAGUAUUAUUAUGUAUCCUAUUCGAGUACUUUUUUAAAACAUAAAUCGAACACACCCUAGUCAAUAAGUGAUGCUUCAACGCACUAAUCAAUGCACUUAAGUGAUUUUGUACUUACAUAUUUUUAAAUUUUUAAAUCUUUAGACAUUUUCUAUUUAUUAAAAAUGUUUACAAGAAAAUUUAAAACAUUAUCUUUAUUAUACAUUUAUUUGUUAUUUUUGUAUUAUUUUUCUUAUUUCAAUUUUUAUGUAAUAACUAAUAAUUAUAAUAUAAUUCUCAUAUUAAUUUGUAGGCGUUUCAUGACUUCAAACAAUUGUACUAAAAAAUUUAUUUAUUCUGUGUUAGACACUCGACCAGUUAUUAUGUUAUAUACUUACUUACCAAAGAAAACUUUUAGAAGAUCUUGAAAUUCCUUUUAAUAAAAAUAUGAUAUAUUAUUAUGAUAAAACUAUAGUGUUUAUUAAACUGUAUAUUAUGCAUAACUAAGAUGUUUGUGGUCCCUUAAGUAUGCUAUAUGACCAAAAUUGUACUUAAUAAUAAUGAAUAUAAAUUGUAAAAACAAAUUAUUAUACUUAUAAGAUAAUAAAAGAAGUCUGUUCA